AUGUUGAAAGAACCAGACUGGUCUUUUCUGGAUCCUGACAGAAAAAUGUUCUUGCAGAAUUUUCCUGACCAAGACGUACUGGGCCAGGCUUUUGAAGAUGCACUAGAAGUACUGCAGCAGCACUCUGACAGAGAAAUGCAGUAUUCACCAGGUUACAAAAAUUGCCUGACUGUGAUCAACCAUCACCACCACCUCCGAGCAAGUCCCAGCUACUCUGCAGCACCAUCUUCAGAGGACCAAGGAUAUAGCUGGAGAAACGUGAUUACCAGUGCAGCGGAUUUUUAUGCAGAUGAGACUGUCUACUAUACACUGCAGAAUACUCCAGAAAGCCAAGUGACACAUGCUGCUGUUGGCCAGCCAAAAGCAGGGAAAG